AUGAGCACGUCUUUCCUUCUGGGCUGUCUGAUGACCCACUGGAUCGCCGACUCGCAGACGCUCUGGAAAUCGCCGCUUACGGACGCGCAUUUGUACACAUCAGCAGCAUAUUACUCGCUAUUGGCAAAAAUGAGCCUUGGAAUGGCUGCGACGCUCGUCUCGGUGGUCACCAUUGGCUUUAUGGCCCUCAUGCUCUCGGCUCUGGAUGGCGAGGCUGGCAAUUUGAUGUUUGAUGGUGCAAGUAUAUUUCUGUAUGGGAGUGCCGCCGCAAUCUACGUCUAUUCCGUCCUCCCAACCAUGUCCAAGUAUACCAACAUCACACCAUUUGCGGCAAAUCUCCCCCGCUUCCCACCGGCUUUGCGCCAGCCGACAGUCGAACUCGCUUCGUCCCACCUGAUUUGUGCAGUCGCGCUGACCGGCGUCAUCAUUCUUCAAGCAACGCGGUACUGGGCAGAAGGUGAAGACGAUGGAGAUGCUGCAGAAUCCCAUGUCGAUAGCUCGGAGAAGCAUUGGAAGCGUUCGUCUCGUCCAAUCGAGCCAACAACGCCUGAUACGGCUCGUCAAACACGCACACGAGCAAGCCAGUCGCCUUCUGCUCGCCGAAAGUCGCCAGUAAAACGGAAAUCCGUGCUUCCUCCGAAAUAG